UUUUAUAAGAGGGUGGGAUGUCUAAGAGAGUGAUUAGAAUAUUGUAGGGGAGAUUGGGAUGUCUGAUAGAGUAGGGGUGGAUAUUUGAGAGAUUUUGAAGAAAGGCAAUGCGGGAGGAUAUGUUAGUUGUCAAAUAGAGACUAGAAUUAUUUAUGUAUUUCAGAUGUAUAAGAUAGAGAUUCUAGUAAAUAUUGAAUUAAAAAAUAUUUUUUUUAAGGAAAAAGGAUUAUAACAAAAAGGUGAAGAAAUGAUAAUUAAAUUAUUAAUCUCUAAAAACGUUUUAAGGACGGAGGAUGAUGGAGAAGAGACUGUAGAAGUAACAGAAAAUGGGGUAAGAAUUAGACAGUUUAUUAAAACUUUGAAAAGUUUUCCGGAAAAUUUUGAAAUAAAUACACAUACACAUUUUUCCGGAAGUGUUCGAGUGUACGUUUCCGGAAAUUAG